AUGGAAAAUCAAGACAACGAAUCAACAAUGGCAGACAGGAAAGUAGAAAAAGAAGAAGAAAAAAUAGAAGUAGAAGAAAGUAAACCGGUCAUGGAAUCACCUUCUGAUCGAGAAUGGUCAGAAUACGAGAACGCAUAUCGGCAAGUAAUGAUUGGGACUUUGUCCGUUAAUACUCUAGUCCAUUUGUCCAGAAAUGAAUACAUCAAGUAUUUUCAAAAAGAUCCAGGUUUUGAUUAUGUUGAAACUUCUCUGCUCCACGUGGCUGUUGGUUGCCAUGACGAGACAUUUUAUAAUUUCCUUAUCAGUAACGGUGCAGACGUAACGAUAGAGACGGAACAUUUUGGGCCAGUUCUAUUCAACGCCAUAAUGAUGAGAAAUUCAAAGUUGGUUGAGGCAUUACUUUCUGCAGGUGCUGAUGCUAAUAAACGCAGUGAAUUAUGGAUAAACGACCGCAUGUAUGCUUACACCCCACUAGAACUCGCAGCCAAAAAAAAUUUAGCGGACAUUGUUAAAAUAUUAAUCGAUAAAGGAGCUGAAGUUAAUGGUUACAAUAAUCUCAACAAUGUUACACCUUUGUAUCUUGCUGCUCAACAUAGCUCUACAGACGUGAUAGAAGUACUUGUGGAAGCUGGUGCCGAUGUGGAUUUGGUUGCGAAGAUCGAGGGUACGGCUAAAAUGGAGACUGCUCUUUCUGUAGUUAUUAAGAGAGGACGGAACUUGAAAGCCGUUAAAGCAAUGCUGAAAAAUCUUAGGAUAAAUAUCAACUAUGCAGAUGAUUUAGGCUUUUCUUUUCUUCACUACGCCGUUUUGUUGAGCCAUAACAAAGAAAUGGUGAGUUGUCUCUUGGAUGCUGGCAUUAACGUCGACUUAAGAGACGGUGACGGAGAAUUGCCUAUUGAGUAUGAUGAUGAUGACAAUAAGUCCUAUAAAAUUUGUAUUCCUGUUAUCAAAGAACACAUUGUCAAGUUGAUAGCCGCUGAUUUUCAUGUUUGUGAGGAGAAUAUGAUGGCUAUUCAGGGUCACGAGUUUGAUGAUUUACGUGUUCGUUGUUAUGAAGAAAUUGACGCGAUGAGAAGAAGAAGACUUUAUGGUACUGAUCUAAAUUGCUAUAGGGUGUUACAUUUAUCUAGACAUGUGUCAUCAGCGAUUUUGAAACAUGGUGACCUGGAUUUCACUUACGAUGAUGAGCUAAGAGCUAGAUUUCCUCUCUAUUCUGGGAUGAUUAUUUACCACUUGGAUAGAGCACGACGACAAGCAAUGACAAGAUAUAAUCCCUAA